AUGGAAGGAGGAAAUCAGUCUGCAGUCUCUGAGUUCAUUCUCCUAGGACUCUCAGAGCAGCCAGAGCAGCAGACACUCCUGUUCUUCCUGUUUCUUAUUAUGUAUCUGAUCACAGGUCUAGGGAAUCUGCUCAUCAUUCUGGUCAUUAAAGCCAGUUCAUGCCUCCACACCCCCAUGUACUUCUUCCUUAGCAACCUGUCCUUGGUUGACAUCUGCUUCACCUCAACCACCAUCCCCAAGAUGCUGGCAAAUCAUGUCUCUGGAAAUAAAGCAAUUCCUUAUGCUGGGUGCCUAGCACAAGUAUUCUUCUUCAUUUGGUUUGCAGGCAUAGAUAGUAUCCUUCUGACUGCCAUGGCCUAUGACCGUUAUGUGGCUAUCUGUGCUCCACUGCAUUAUUCCAUGAUCAUGACCCCAAAGUUGUGUGCUCUUCUGAUAGUAGUGUCCUGGUUUUGGGCCUACGCUGUUGCUCUGAUACAUACUGUCCUACUGACCCGACUCUCAUUCUGUGGCCACAGUGAAAUUCCUCAUUUCUUUUGUGACCUCAGUCCCCUGCUGAAGUUGGCCUGCUCAGACACCUUCAUCAAUGACCUGAUGGUCAAUACAGUGGGGGUGCUAACAAUCAUCAUCCCCUUCAUUGGCAUCCUGAUCUCCUACACUCGAAUUUUUGUGACUGUGAUGAAGAUCCCAUCUACUGUGGGGAAGUGGAAAGCUUUCUCCACCUGUGGCUCCCACCUCACUGUGGUCUGUCUCUUCUAUGGGGCAAUCAUUGGAGUGUACUUCAGCCCCUCAUCCACCCACACCACCCAGGAGGACACAGCAGCAGCUGUGAUGUAUACAGUGGUCACCCCCAUGCUGAACCCUUUCAUCUACAGCCUGAGGAACAAGGAUAUGAAAGGAGCCCUGGGGAUUCUCCUCACCAGGAAACCAGGCCUCUCUCUGUGA